UAUAUUUAUGACUGGUCGAUGAUGACGGCAAUGGUUGAUGUGUUGGGAGGUUUUUUUUGGGGAAUUUUUUGGGAAGUGAGUGGGGUUGGACUCGAGAUAGCUUUGGGAAGUUGGGCAAUUUCAAUCGAUGGAUUGCCGUCUCGAGAUUGUGAUCUGAUUUUUCGAGAGAUCGAUCGAUUCCCGUCUCGAGAUUGUGAUCUGAUUUUUCGAGAGAUCAAUCGAUUGCCGUCUCGUCGGAAUUUUGGUGAUCUUUGUCGUCCAGCAGCAGCAGUGGCGGCGGCAGCCAUUCUGACUUGA